CGCUUGCGUUGGCGCAUUGUUUACAAACAAUUAACUCCUUCGUGCGGGAUAUCCGGCAGAGAGAACGGUAUAGUAUCAGCCAAGACGCCAGCAGACUAGGACAACGCAGCAUCGCGAAACGACGCAGAAUACCAUGAAGUACAUACUCGUAACGGGUGGUGUGAUCAGUGGCGUCGGCAAAGGCGUUAUUGCCAGCUCGUUCGGAACGCUACUGAACGCGUGCGGAAUCGAGAUUACCUCGAUCAAAAUUGAUCCGUACCUCAAUAUUGAUGCAGGGACAUUUUCGCCGUUCGAGCACGGUGAGGUGUAUGUGCUCGAUGACGGCGGCGAGGUUGAUUUGGACCUGGGAAAUUACGAACGCUUCUUGAACAUAGUGUUACACAAGGACAACAACAUUACGACGGGCAAAAUCUACAAAAGCGUCAUCGACCGAGAACGUGUUGGGGACUACCUUGGAAAGACAGUCCAGGUGGUGCCGCACAUUACAGAUGCCAUAAAGGAAUGGAUCGAGCGAGUGGCCAAAACACCGGUGAAGGGAGACAUCCAGCCGGAGGUGUGCAUCAUCGAAAUGGGCGGCACAAUCGGCGAUAUCGAGGGUAUGCCAUUCGUGGAAGCUUUGCGGCAAUUUCAAUUCCGCGAGAAAAGGGAAGAUUUUUGCGUAGCGCACGUAUCUCUCGUGCCGCUUCCACGUGCGACAGGUGAACCGAAGACGAAGCCUACGCAAGCAAGCGUUCGCGAGUUGCGUGCCCUUGGCCUUAGCCCAGACCUGAUCGUGUGCCGCUCGGAGAAUCCACUCGGUGACGAGGUGAAGGACAAAAUUAGCAACUUCUGCCAUGUCCUGCCGGAGCGCGUCAUCUGUAUACACGAUCUCUCUUCGGUUUACCACGUGCCACUGCUGAUGGAGCAGGCUGGUGUCAUUGAAAUCCUUCGGGAGCGACUGCAACUCAAUAUACCAAUACCGCGGCCACCGGAUUUCAUGCAAUCAUGGCGUGAUCUGGCCGAGCGGUUGGACAACGUGUAUAAAAAAGUGAACAUUGCGCUUGUCGGCAAAUAUACCCGGCUGGAGGACGCGUAUGCGUCCGUGUCGAAGGCGCUUCUACAUUCGGCCAUCAAGGUCGGUUACAAGUUGAACCUAACGUUCAUCGAAGCGUGCAAUCUCGAACGUAGCACGAAAUUUAACACCCCCCAUCUGUACUACGAAGCGUGGCAUAUGCUUACCAACAGCAACGGUGUCAUCGUUCCCGGAGGGUUCGGUUCACGCGGAAUCGAAGGCAAGAUCCGUGCGUGUCAAUGGGCUCGUGAAAAUUCAAAGCCGUUGCUCGGCAUAUGCCUCGGAUUGCAGGCAGCCGUCAUAGAGUAUGCGCGCAAUAAGCUAGAUUUAGAGAACGCCAACACAACCGAAGUGGAUGAAAACACGCCCCAUCCGCUCGUUAUAGAUAUGCCCGAACAUCAUACGGGAGUGUAUGGUGGAACCAUGCGACUGGGAAAGAGAACAACCAUAUUCCAGGGCCAGAGUAAAAUACGUCAGCUGUACGGAAACCAAACGCAAAUCGAAGAACGCCACCGGCAUCGAUAUGAGGUAAAUCCGAAAUAUAUCGAUCAGUUGACCGCUCAUGGAAUGCGCUUCGUUGGCACGGACUCAGAGAAGGAGCGAAUGGAAAUCAUGGAGCUGGAUGGCCAUCCGUACUACGUUGCGACCCAAUUCCAUCCCGAGUAUCUUUCCCGACCUCUCAAUCCGUCGCCUCCCUUCCUCGGACUGAUCCUCGCCUCGGUGGGCAAACUAGACAGCUAUCUAGCAAAUGGACAAAAGGUGCUGCAGCAAAGUAACUCCAACUUCGGGCUGUCCAUGGAAAGCUCGAGCGACGACGAUGUCUGCAACGGACGUCACCAGGGGCAUAAACCAGAUGCAGGGGUUAGCAAGUCGCUAACGGGCGGUAAUGCCUGCAAACCGGCAGUGGCCAAGAAACCGGACGCAUCGGUUGCGGUGGUAGGGCAAACAAACGGUACCGAACUUGUGCCUGCAUUGGCUGCUAUCAAAUUAAACUCGCCUGUAAAAAUGAACGGUAGCGUUACGGAAAACGGAACAAACUAAAUGGAAUGGGUUCCUCACAGAGUUUCAAGACAGUAGAAAGUGUGGCGAUUCACGCAUAAAAAGCUAGGAUAUAAGUUACAAGUGAUAGAUUUUUUGUUUCGACAAAGGUUCGCCAUUGGCUAAAAAAUUCUUCCAUUUCAAAGGUGACAUUGAGCAUCGAAUGUGACAUUGAUACGAACUAAAAACAAACACAUUAGGCGACUGAAAGUACGUGGAAAUCUGUUCUAGCAUUGAUGAAUGCGGUCAAAAAUGAGAAUAACGUUCAAUCAUUAGGCUAAGGUUGAAAAGUGGCAAAACAAAUUUCUUCCGAUUUGGUAGGUUAAACCAAGGAGAGACUGUAACGCUUGCGGAAUGUAAAAUGUUAUUUUCAUGGCAAUAUCCGGACAUAGAGCAGCAUGAUUGUACGAAACAUCCACUAUAACAUUCGUUUCGAAUGGAAUUUAAUUCAACAAGAAAUAUUACUACUAUUAUCGAAUGUUCAAGGACGUUAGGAGUGAGUUGAGUCUAUUAUUUUAAAUCUUACUCCAUUUCUACGAAUACAUAUAAUUAUGCUGCAUCAAAUCAUGCAGCUGUAUGAUUGAUUAGUGUGAAAAACAAAUCUUUAUUGUUGCUGGCGAUUCACUAGCAAGCAGCUAACGAACCGUUUUGCCUAUGAUGCUUUAUCUAUUAUACAAUGAACUUUUCGCACAGGUCGAUACGAUACCAAUUCGAAAAAGAUGUUGAUGAAUUCGUGUGAUGCAAUUCACGAAGGCUACCUAAGCGAAUCAAUACAUUUACUUAGCACUUAUGGCCUUGCCUAAGUGAUACGCAGAAGAAUUGAAAAAAAAAUGAAUACAUCUUGAUAACAGUUGCGAUAAAGUGAAUGUUGUUAAUUGAGGCUCUAAUCUUUAAACACCUCCAAGCGUCAGGGUGAGACGAACCUUAUGGACGAUUGAUGUUGCAAACUGUACUACCGUAAAGUCAUCUCUCUGUUUAAGAGAUUCUCCUUUCUUCCAUUUUUCACAAGGAUAUGCUGUCACGAAAAGAGCGAAAUUCUGAUGCAUCAAAGACAAUUAUCUGCAAGCUAACUUUCAUAUCGUUGUACGUUGGGGAUAGUGAUCAUUCAAUCACUUCAAGGUCCCUCGCUACACAUAAUGCUAACUUUACAGUUUUCAAUAUAAUCCCAUUGGCUCCAG